AUGCCAGCUUUCUACCAAACCGCCGUCCGACGACUUUCUCAGACAGCUAGAAUUAUGUCACAAAUCAACGACGUCUUCAUCGUUUCCGCCGCCCGAACGCCCAUCGGCUCGUUCAACGGUGUGCUCAAAAAGGCCACCGCUCCUGAGCUCGGUGUGGUGGCCGUAAAGGCAGCCAUCCAACGUGCCGGUCUCAAGCCCGACCAGAUCGAGGAGGUCUACAUGGGCAAUGUGCUCCAAGGCAACGUCGGUCAGGCUCCCGCCCGUCAGGUUGCGCUCAAGGCUGGCUGCCCCGACACCACCGAGGCUACCACCAUUAACAAGGUGUGCGCUUCCGGUAUGAAGGCCAUCUCGCUCGCCGCCCAGAACAUUGCUCUCGGCCAGCGCAGUAUCAUGGUCGCCGGUGGCAUGGAGUCUAUGUCUAACGCCCCCUACUAUCUUCCCCGAGGCAACACCUACGGCCAUGUCCAGGCGACCGAUGCGAUCGUCAAGGACGGUCUGCACGAUGUCUACAACCAGGUGGCCAUGGGCAACUGUGCCGAGAACACUGCCAAGAAGCUCUCAAUUACGCGUGAGCAGCAGGACGCCUUUGCGAUUGAAUCGUACCGUCGCUCCGCCGAGGCAUGGAAGGCCAAUGCAUUCGCUAACGAGAUCGCUCCUGUCACCAUCUCGGACAAGAAGGGCGAUGUCGUGAUCAGCGAAGACGAGGAGUACAAGAACGUCAAGCUCGAAAAGAUCCCAUCGCUUCGACCGGUGUUCGACAAGAACGGAACCAUCACUGCUGCCAAUGCGUCGACGCUCAACGACGGUGCUUCGGCCGUUGUGCUAGCUUCCGAGGCCGAGGUGGCCAAGUUGGGCAUUAAGCCUUUGGCCAAGAUUGUAGCGUUUGCCGAUGCAGCAUGUGCACCGAUCGACUUCCCCAUUGCGCCCGCUUAUGCCAUUCCCAAGGCGCUCGAGCGAGCCGGUUUGACAAAGGACGACAUUGCUCUGUUCGAAAUCAACGAGGCUUUCUCGGCUGUCGCGUUGGCUAACAACCAGAUGCUCGGCCUCGACGCUAGCAAGGUCAACGUUCUCGGUGGUGGUGUUUCACUCGGUCACCCUAUCGGUUCUUCAGGUGCUAGGAUUGUUGUUACGCUGGCCCACGCGCUCAAGCCCGGCCAAUACGGCUGCGCUGGUGUCUGCAACGGUGGUGGUGGCGCUUCUGCUAUCAUUAUCAAGCGUGAGAACUAA